AUGCGAAGGGUUCUAGGGCAUUUUUCUGAAGUGGAUCAAUGCUGGAGACUGUUGUAUGCUGCCACUUCAAUGGUGAAAGCUGUUCGGCUAGCCUCAGCUGGACAGUAUUUGAGUGCAGUUGCUGCCGCUGACCUUGGCUUGCUUAUGGGAGAUGGCAUUCCGAACCAGCUUCUGCAAAGAUACGCUCAAUAUUGUGACAGUCUUCUUCCAGCUCCGUCGAAUAGAUUUGUAGGAGAUGAUGUACGAAUAACUCUGUCAAUACCGAAAAGCCUGCCCAAUUCCACCCCAAUUAAGACGUUUGAAGAACUAUCAAAGUGGGAUUUCGUCGAUCAAUUUCUCAGUCGAGCCGAACCCGUCAUCGUGAAAGGUCUAAACAGCCACUGGCCAGCAUGCAAAAAUUGGAGUUUCGAUUAUCUUCACCGAAUCCUUUGUCAUCGCAUCGUUCCGAUUGAGCAAGGUUCCAAAUACACGGACAACGAUUGGUCCCAGGGACUCAUGACCGGAUCAGAAUUCUUCUGUACACUCCGUGAAGACAAGGACAGGCCUCUUUACCUCGCUCAGCACAGACUUUUUGAUCAAAUACCUCAACUUUGCGAUGACUUUUCUCUUCCACUGUAUUGUGAUCAUUGCGAGUUCGAAAACGUGGACAAAAAUGGUUGGAUCGGGCCAGGAGGCACGGUAUCGCCUCUUCAUACCGAUCCACGACAAAAUAUUUUUUGUCAGGUCGAUGUGUUGAACCCAGAUUUGGAGAAGUAUCCGAACUUUGCGAAGGUGCGAUGUUGGGAUGGAGUUGUGGAAGCUGGUGAUGCGUUAUUCAUUCCACAGGGCUGGUGGCAUCUUGUCUCAGCUCUUUCCAAUUCGGUUUCGAUUUCGUUUUGGUUUGAUAAAUGA